AACGCUGGCAAGACAUUAAAUCCAACCUCCCUCCAUCCAGACGAAGCGCGCAGCCCAUCAACAUGAUCUGAAGAUCGAAAAUAGGAGGACUUAUAGUAAUCAGCCCUUUAGACUCUCAUGACAAGGAAAAGUGUGGCCACGUCGUGGGAGCGCUCGGCACACACAGCAGGACGCUCGCUGGCGCUGCGCGCUCAGCACAUAACCAAGCAGAUAGCGCGCAGACAGAAGGAGAGGAGCGCGGACGGCGGCAGCAUCCCGUGACGGAUGCAUUUUUUAGCUGAAACCGGUCGUUUUGGACACUGACUUCAACCAGAGUCAGGGAGGAGCAGGAUAGGAAAUAACGCGCUUUUUUUUGGAGGGAUUUGAUAAGAGUGCCGUUGUGCUCUAGUCUUCUCCGGAUGAUCAGAAAUGGGGGAAUGGACUAUACUAGAGAGGCUCCUGGAGGCUGCUGUCCAGCAGCACUCUACUAUGAUAGGAAGGAUCCUACUAACAGUGGUGGUCAUCUUCCGGAUUCUAAUCGUAGCAAUAGUUGGAGAGACUGUCUAUGAUGACGAGCAGACCAUGUUUGUUUGUAACACCUUACAGCCGGGCUGCAACCAGGCAUGCUACGACAAGGCAUUCCCCAUUUCACACAUUAGAUAUUGGGUUUUUCAAAUCAUCAUGGUGUGCACCCCGAGUCUUUGUUUCAUCACGUACUCGGUGCAUCAGUCGGCCAAGCAGAAGGAGCGGCGCUACUCGACGGUCUAUCUGACGCUGGAUAAGGAUCAAGAUUCACUGAAGCGCGACGAGAGCAAAAAGAUAAAGAACACCAUUGUUAACGGAGUACUUCAGAACACGGAGAACUCCACCAAAGAAGCCGAGCCGGACUGUUUGGAAGUCAAAGAGAUCCCUAAUUCUGCAAUGAGAACUUCAAAGUCCAAACUGCGGCGGCAGGAGGGCAUCUCCAGGUUUUACAUCAUCCAGGUGGUGUUCAGAAACGCGCUGGAAAUUGGCUUUUUGGUGGGUCAGUACUUCCUGUAUGGAUUCAACGUCCCGUCCGUGUACGAAUGUGACCGCUACCCAUGCAUCAAAGACGUCGAGUGCUACGUGUCCAGACCCACGGAGAAGACCGUGUUCCUGGUCUUCAUGUUCGCGGUGAGUGGGUUUUGCGUGGUGCUCAACCUGGCAGAACUCAAUCACUUGGGGUGGAGGAAAAUCAAAACGGCCGUGCGAGGUGUGCAGGCCCGGCGGAAGUCCAUUUACGAGAUCAGAAACAAGGACUUGCCGAGGAUGAGUGUGCCCAAUUUCGGACGCACUCAGUCCAGUGACUCUGCGUAUGUGUAGCUCUAAAAAAAACAAAAAAACCUGUAAAGAAAUAAAACCCAUGAUGGACAUGAUGGACAGCUCCGCACGCCUAAUUCGUGUCAUGACUUUAGAGUGGGCAGAUUUUUUUUUCAUUUGUGGUCUUUUGAGGACUUCAUGGCGAGCGUGGCUUCCACGUUUGUUGACUUAUUUAUUAUUGCACUGAUGCAACUUUUUAGUAACGUUUAUACUCUGUAAGAUGCGUAAUGGAGCCCAUGAUAUCGCGUGUUCACAUAUUUACUCUUUGUGGGCUGCUCUGCUGUACUUGAAGAGAGUAAAAUGCAAAAAUUGCACUAAGAGGUGAACACUUGAGAGCUUGAUGACCUUAUCCAAAAUGUGCUACAGACUUGACGGAGUUUUUAAGACUUUUUCUUUCCAUCUUUGUUUGGCACCAACCCAAAUAAAUGGCACCCUACACAGUUGUUAAAGGACGAAUCUACCAUCCAGAUUUAUAUAUGUGCAUAGAUAUAUAAAUCCUACUUACCAUGGUGGAAAUAAAUCAGCGUAAUUCAUGUUUUUUUUUUGUUGCCUGUGUUGCACCACUGACCUUAACAUAUGUAACCAUUCCAUUGCUUUAUAGCUGACUUGCAAAACAGUACAUGGUAAAUUUGCUGCAAACGCUAACGUCUGUGACUUCCUUAAUUUAUGACACACCAAAGCGCCCACUGCUUUUAUUUGUGAAGUGUUUUCUUGCUUUUUUGUGUAAUCAAGUGCCAUACUUGUAUAUAAACAUGAUAUAUAUGUAUACAUAUAAAUAUAUAAAUAUAUAAUAACCAUCAUGAAAGCUGAUUCCCUGCUUGGAUUUAUGCUAAAUGCCGCCCAAUUUUUUAUUUGCUUUAAAUGUAUUUGUUGUGAGUUUAAUGAAAAAAGAAAAAAGUAUAAGAUAUACAAUUUUCUCUGUUUUAUUUUGCAAAUGACUGGAAAAAGAAAUUAAGUGCUAGUUUUUUUUAUAUACAAGAAAUAAAUGUUUCCCCGAAUCAAAGCUUAUCAAAACUGAACAAAUAGCACAAAUUGACAUUUAUAUCAAAGAAUGGGCAAUUUAAAUCUGCUCUGGUGCUACAGUUUUUUCAUGGAAUGGUUUUAAAUGUAACCGAAACGAACCAGAAAAAAACAAAACAUCUCUUUUUUUUCUGUGGAAAAAUAAACGUGGGAUUCAUGUACACCAGAAA